AUGGAAAAUCUAACUCUAGAGCUCAAUAUCCAUUCCGCAAGUCAUCUUGUGAAUGUGAAUCUUAUCACAAAGAUGGAUGUGUACACCAAAAUCACCAUUCAUGGCGAAAAUACUCGAAAGAGACAAAAGGCGAAAACUACUAUCGAUCGCUCUGGUGGAUCUAGCCCAACUUGGAAUCAAGCUGUCAAAUUUUCCAUGAAUGAGAGGUUAGUCUAUGAUGGUCGUUUGACACUUGUGAUAAGACUAAUCUCUCGUCGAGUCCUAGGCAACAAAGAUAUCGGAAGAGUUAACAUACCAUUACUUGAGCUUCUAGAUUCAGUCAUGCCGUCAAUUAACAAUGAAGGUAACAUUCUGAGGGUGAAAGUGAUGACGUGUGAGGUGAGAACUCUAUCGGGAAAACCAUCAGGAAAAUUGACUUUUUCAUACCGCUUUAAACCGGAUUUACCAUUUAUCAUUAAUCGGAAUUUGGUUAACACACCAAUUUAUCCUCCGCUGUCGCGAAUUGAGCAUCCAACUUCGGCUCCACCAGAAUUGCCGAUUGAGUUUCCUAGGCUGCCUGAGCUACCGUAUUGUCUUUUUGCUGCUGGAUCGAGCAGUGAUCCUCUUCGAAUACCUGCCGACGGGAUACUGGAGCAAGCCAAUUCUGCUUACAACCACACACCACCACCAUCGUCGGGCUUUCAAGGGUAUAAACUGCACCGUGGUGGACCGCCAAGGAAAUAUGAAACCGAAAAUUAG